GGCAAGGUAGUAACCAUGACUGCUAAAACCAGGAGGAGAACGGCCACAGAAAAUGGGGACACAACUACAGCCGAAGAUUCCGUUCUUGUGACUAUGAUCAGUAAUGGGGAAGAUCUAGGUCCUAUGGUCAGGCUUGCUUUUGAAAGCGGGAAGCCUGAUGCCCUUCUACAGCAACUUAAGAAUGUCGUCAAAAAGAAAGAAGUUGAAAUAGAGGAGCUUUGUAAGCUUCACUAUGAGGAGUUUAUUAUUGCGGUGGAUGAGCUGCGCGGAGUCUUGGUCGAUGCAGAAGAGUUAAAAGCUGAGUUGCAAACUGAUAAUCUGAAGCUGCAAGAUGUGGGGAGCGUCCUUCUCUUAAAACUUGAAGAGCUUCUUGAAUCUUUUUCAAUUAAGAAAAAUGUUACAGAAGCAAUUAAGAUGUCAGGCAACUGUGUCCAAGUGUUAGAACUUUGUGCGAAGUGUAACAACCACGUUUCUGAAGGUCGGUUUUACCCUGCUAUCAAGGCUAUUGAUCUGAUUGAGAAAAGUUAUUUGCAGAACAUUCCCGUCAAGCCACUCAGGACUAUGAUAGAGAAGAGAAUACCACUGAUUAAAUUGCAUAUUGAGAAGAGAGUAACCAGUGAAGUUAAUGAAUGGCUAGUUCACAUAAGGAGUACAGCAAAGGAUAUUGGGCAAACUGCAAUAGGAUAUGCUGCAUCUGCUCGUCAGAGGGAUGAGGAUAUGCUAGCCCGUCAAAGAAAAGCCGAGGAACAAAGUUGUUUGGGGUUAGGAGACUUCACUUAUACCCUAGAUGUUGAAGAGAUUAAUGAAGAAUCUGUCUUAAAGUUUGACCUGACGCCUCUUUAUCGAGCAUGUCACAUUCAUGGUUGUAUGGGGAUUCAAGAUCAGUUUCGUGAAUAUUACUACAAGAAUCGCUUAUUGCAGCUGAGUUCAGAUUUGCAGAUUUCACUGUCACAACCUUUCCUAGAAUCCCAUCAAAUCUUCUUGGCUCAGAUUGCAGGUUAUUUCAUUGUUGAGGAUCGAGUAUUAAGGACUGCUGGUGGCCUGCUCUUGCCUAAUCAGGUUGAGACAAUGUGGGAAACAGCUGUAGGUAAAGUGACUGCACUCUUGGAAGAACAAUUCUCCCACAUGGAUAGUGCCAGUCAUCUUCUCAUGGUCAAGGACUAUGUGACUCUUCUUGGGUCAACCCUCAGACAAUAUGGCUAUGAAGUGAGUGCGAUUCUUGGGACUCUAAAUAGUAGUCGAGAAAAAUAUCAUGAACUUCUUUUGGCAGAGUGUAGGCAACAAAUAACUGCUGUAGUCACCAAUGAUACAUUUGAGCAGAUGGUCAUGAAGAGGGAGUCGGAUUAUCAGGCAAAUGUUUUAUUGUUCCAUCUACAAACCUCUGAUAUAAUGCCAGCUUUCCCUUUUAUUGCUCCAUUCUCUUCCAUGGUGCCGGAAUGCUGUCGCAUCGUUAAGUCAUUCAUCAAAGAUUCUGUCAAUUACUUAUCAUAUGGGAGCCAAAUGAAUUUUUUUGAUUUUGUCAAAAAGUAUUUGGAUAAGCUCUUGAUUGAUGUACUGAAUGAAGUCCUACUUGAGACUAUCUACAGUGGUACAACUGGUGUGUCUCAGGCAAUGCAAAUUGCUGCAAAUAUAGCUGUUUUUGAAAGGGCUUGUGAUUUCUUUCUUCAACAUGCAGCCCAACAAUGCGGCAUUCCUGUCCGUUUAGUUGAAAGGCCUCAAGGCAGUUUAACAGCUAAGAUUGUCCUUAAGACUUCAAGAGAUGCUGCUUAUAUUGCAUUACUAAGCUUAGUAAAUGCAAAAUUGGAUGAAUUCAUGUCACUCACAGAAAAUGUCCAUUGGACAGCCGAUGAUGCCCCACAGCAAGGCAACGAAUGCAUGAAUGAGGUGGUUAUAUAUCUCGACACUCUCUUGUCUACUGCUCAACAAAUUUUACCUCUGGAUGCUUUGUAUAAAGUUGGGAUUGGAGCUCUUGAGCAUAUCUCCAAUUCAAUUGUGGGAACUUUUCUGAGUGACUCGAUAAAGAGAUUCAAUGUUAAUGCAGUAAUGAGCAUCAACCACGAUUUGAAAGCAUUAGAGUCUUUUGCUGAUGAGAGGUUUCACAGUACUGGGCUGAGUGAAGUUUACAAGGACGAUAGCUUUCGAAGUUGCUUGGUAGAAGUUAGACAAUUAAUAAACCUCCUCCUAAGCAGUCAACCAGAGAACUUCAUGAAUCCUGUCAUAAGGGAGAAGAACUAUAAUGCUCUAGAUUAUAAAAAAGUUUCUACUAUCUGUGACAAGUAUAAAGAUUCAGCUGAUGGACUCUUCGGAAGUCUUUCAAGCAGAAACACAAAGCAGAGUGCUCGUAAAAAAUCAAUGGAUGUGUUGAAGAAGAGAUUGCGGGAUUUCAACUGAAACUUGUGAUAAAUGAAUGAGAAACUAGCUUUUUCUGUUAGAAGUAAAUGAAAAACUUUAUUUCCUGCUGAUUUUGCUUCAGAAAGAUUCACAUUAGCUGUAUCUUCAUUUUCAAUCAUGUUAGCACUACUUUGGUCAUUUGGAUAAGAACUCAUCAGUUUUGCAGAUAA